GAUUUUAACCAACUUCUUCGUUAAACAUCAAAAACUUAAAAAAUAUGACAGAACAAUUGGACGCAGCAUUAGAUUUAUUUAGGCGUUUGCCUUCUCAAGAUAUAUCAAGAAAUAUAAUAGCAGUUCUUGAAAAAGUACCACAUUUAACAGAAGAUCUUUUGUCUUCAAUAGACCAGCCUUUACAGAUAAAGAAAUGUCCUAAGACAUCUAAGUUGUAUUUAUCUUGUGAUUAUAAUAGAGAUGGAGAUUCAUAUCGUUCUCCUUGGAGUAAUGAAUAUACACCAGUAUUACCGGAUGGAAUCGUCCCUAAUGAGAGGACACGGAAGCUAGAAAUCGCUUUUAAUGAGGCGUUUGAUAUGUACAGAAUGCUGUAUUAUGAAGGAGGCACAUCAAGUGUAUAUUUAUGGGACCUUGAUAACGGGUUUGCGGGCGUAGUUUUAAUAAAAAAAGAAUCAUCAAAGAAAGGAUAUUGGGAUUCUAUACAUGUUUUUGAAGUACCAUAUGGUUCUCGAACUGUACGCUAUAGAUUAACAAGUACAAUUAUAUUAAACAUGGUAACGCAAAGCGAGUUACUUGGACAAAUGAAUUUAAGUGGCAAUAUUACUCGACAGAUUGAACAAGAAUUACUUGUUGAUGAUCUGAAUUCUCAUAUUGUUCAUGUUGGUCGUCUUGUUGAAGACAUGGAAAUAAAAAUGCGCAAUAUAUUACAGGAAGUUUAUUUUGGUAAAACAAAAGACAUAUGUAAUGAUCUACGUUCAAUUUCUAAAUUAUCACAACAAAAAGAAGGUGUUCAACUUCAAAAAGAAAUGGUACAAAAACUGCCAAGUAGGAGAUAAUUCAUUUAUAAUUAAUUGUUUUUAUGUUUUUUUCACAUAUAUCUUC